CAAUCAGUAAUACAUGUAGUUACAGAAUAUUUCAAAAAUAUAUGACCAAGUGUGACAAGUUUACAAAAGUGACGUUGCAUGGGACGAAAACAAAUUCUUGGUGUUACUUCAUAUAAAAUACUGUAUUGUAUAAACCAAAAUGACAAUAACAUGUUUUUAAAACACCAAUAAACAACAAUCGUCAUAAUUGUGGUUCUUUUUCAAAAAAGUACCAUUUCUAAAACAGUUAAAGAAAUAUGUCACUUAUCGUUCAGUAUAACACCAAUGUAAUGUCUCACAUUUUUGAUUUGUUUUACUUUGUUAUUCUCAUUCCAUAACUCAUUACUAGUUUGUUUUUAACAAUUUUUUAAAUGCAAAUGGGCAAGACCGAAUCCGUCUGUGGGACCGUUUUAUUUGACUACUCCUGGAAUUCUGAGUGAUUGUAUCAACAUAACGUAAACUAUCUGUACAGGAAGUUCCAUGAUUGAUUGAACAUCACGUUUUCAUUACUUGUAAUCAGGUGAGUCACAGCUUACACAGAAGAAUAAUCUGUUUUACAAUAAAUACAAUCAUAUGUACAAUCUUGAGAUUUGGGAGGCGAAGCACCUACUCCAUCAAUCUGUCAGUCAAGUGACAAUGGAUCAAAUACCGUGAUACAUCUAAUCCGUUACUGCCAGUGAUUCAUAUCGUAAUUUAUAACAAUAGGAAAUCUUAUAAAAGGUGUUCUUGGCAAGUUUGCAUGUCAUUGAACAUCAGCAUGCGGGCUGUCGUGCUUCUUCUUAUUUUUGCGACGUCUAUCAUCGCAAUUCAAGCGCAGUGCUCAGUUUCCAUAAAUGGAGACUUACCUGCCCCACAGCCCCUGGUCUUAAAUGUGGGUGAAGGAGCAGGAUUUCGACAUCCAGUAGACACUUCUGGAACACUCAGUUUUGCUGCUGGAGAGAAUGUCCGGUUGGUGUGCACCGGGACAAAUAACAAAUUUGUAAAUCUCGAUAGCACUGAGAGCGACGUACUGGCAACCUGCGUUAGCGGAAGCAAAUUCACUGUUGAUGGUGUAUUGAUAGAAUUCAGUGAGUUGGCAUGCAGCUUCUUACCAUGGCAUUGGCAGCGCAAAAGUGGGAAUACGUGUCUCGGCUCAUACACUGAUGUUGAAAUAGGAUUCGACCUGGGCACUGAAUGGAUAACAAUCAUAAACGCAUGUCACGACGAAACGCGACUUGAAACACUCUACACAACUUUUAAAUUAGUGAAAGAAAUCGGUGGUUUCCAAACAGGAUUUCCAAGGCCCAGUUGGGUCCAGGGUAUUUUUUACCCUGGUUAUACAUUGGCCACUCAAUAUAAUCGAGCUACUCAAAUCGCAACAAUGGGAACGCUUUUAGGAUCCACCGAUCUUGGCACUCAAUACAUUCACGCGACUAAUGACUACUUUUUGGCACGUGGACAUACGACUGCGAAAGCAGACUUUGUCUAUGGUUCCCAGCACCGUGCUACAUUCUAUUAUGUAAACCAGUCGCCUCAGUGGCAGACUUUCAAUGGUGGUAACUGGAACUCACUUGAGAAUGAUGUACGUAAUUACGUCAGUAACACUUAUCAAGAUUUGACAGUUUAUACUGGGGUUUAUGGCAUUGCUCAGUUACCAAACGUUAAUGGAGUCUUAACUGAUCUUUAUCUCUAUGCUGAUGCGGCCGGAAAUCGUGCUAUUCCUGUUCCAAAGUUCUUUUGGAAAAUCCUCUACAAUGAAACAACACAACUUGGCACAGCAUUCAUUGGCGUGAAUAACCCUUAUCUGACAACAGUCACCAGCGAUUAUUAUAUUUGUUCUGACAUAAGUUCACAGAUUCAAUGGCUUACAUGGUCAGCUAAUUCGGUGCCUCUUGGAAUAUCUUAUGCUUGCACAGUCGACAGUCUCAGAAAUGUUGUUGAAACCAUUCCCUCCUUUACAGUUAAAGGCAUUCUUUCUUAAGUACUUCAGCCUCUAUCCCCAAUUAAUCGCAAAUGUAGUUGUCCCAAAAAUUAUAAUACACUGUAUUUUUCUUACCGUCUGCUCGGUAAAGUUUUUGUCAUGACAUAAAGAGUUGAAUUUUGAUGUACUUUAUUUCUUCAUGAUACAGUGCUGUUUCACUGUAAGUGGGCCCGCCAUAAGCGAAUUUUCCCUCUGUUCAACAUAAGCAUUUCCUUCACCUAAGCUCUAUUUAUCAGAUAUAAACAACAUUGGUGCAGACUCUUCGUUAUGAGUAAACGAGGGACUCUAUGAAAUUAUAUACUUCGUCUCAUACGUGUUGCGACUAACAUUCCAGUUUCAGUACGAAAUUUGCAGUUCGCUUAUAAUGAAGCCAGGCGAAAUUUCACAGAGUUCUAUCUUCCUGCCUGUCCCAAAGUUUGCGUAUAGCAGGAAAGAAGUAUUUUUAAAAUGAAAUACACAUUCAUAUUCUCGUACUAUGAUUAGUGCUAUUUGUCAGUAAAUUAUAUGCGCUUCAUCAUUUAGCUAACAGAUUAAAUUAAUAG